AGCAGGUGCUAAUGGCGGUAGGGGAGCUUAUUAAAUGUGAAAACAUUGUGGCGGCAUCGAGAAUGAACAAGGCCGUAGUGGUGUUCGUGAAGGAGAGGGAACUCGUGCACCAGCUGACUGAAAACGGAAUAAAGUGUGAUUGGUCUUUAGAAACCCAGGAAGUGUUGAGGCUUUAACACAGACACCUCUCAUUCAGUCAGUCAUCAGUGUGACAGGAUGGAGCUCCGUCCACUCUGUGUGUUUCUCUUGCUGAUGGGACUCAUCCACUGCACAACAGCAGGGAGUCCUAAAGCUGUGGUGACCAUAAAGCCUGAUAAACAUGUGUUCAGAGGAGAGACUGUGACUCUCAGAUGUGAAAUACAGGGAGGAGGAGACACUGAGUGGACAUACAGCUGGUAUAAGAAAGAUAACACACUCUACCCAUACCUCACAACACAGGAGUUCAGCUUCAGCUCAGUUAGAAAUGAUGACAGUGCUGAAUACACCUGCAGAGGGAGGAGAAGUGACUCUCAGAGCUCAGAGAUCAGUGAUGCUGUUACACUGACUGUAUCAGAAAAACCUAAACCUGAACUCACAUCAGAUCUUAAAGGAGAUGCACUGACAGGAAACUCAGUAACUCUGUACUGUACAAUGAUGCCGCAGUCUGCUGGAUGGAAGUUUUACUGGAUCAAACCCACACAGAGCACUGAGACUGAGACUGAAACACACUCCUACACCAUCUACAUCAGCUCAGUUAGAGUCUCUGAUGGGGGUCAGUACAGGUGCAGAGCUGGAAGAGGAAACCCAGUCUACUACACACACUACAGUGAUGCACUCUGGGUAAAUGUUACUGAGAGUAAACCUGUGGUGAUUAUAAAGCCUGAUACACAGGUGUUCAGAGGAGAGAGAGUGACUUUCAGGUGUGAAAUACAGGGAGGAGGAGACACUGAGUGGACAUACGACUGGUAUAGGGACGAUAACACAUUCUACCCAUCCCUCACAGCACAGGAGUUCAGCAUCAGUGAUUAUUACAGUGGUAAAUACACCUGCAGAGGGAGGAGAAGUGACUCUCAGAUCUCGAAGACGAGUGAUCCUGUUACACUCACUGUAUCAGAAAAACCCAAACCGACUGUGAGUGUGAAUCCUCAGAGCUCCGUCUACACUGGAGACAGAGUUACUCUGACCUGUAAUCUGAAGUCUACUGGAUGGACUUUUCUCUGGUACCAAGAUUAUCAGGAAUCAAUUCCCCCGUCUCCUGGAACCAGAAACACCAACACACUCAGUGUAACAGUCUCUAAUGAAGGGGGAACACAGUACUACUGUAAAGCACGCAGAGGAAACUACGACUCAGAGAUCAGUGAUCCAGUUACAAUUACAGUGAGAGCGAGACCAAAGCCUGUAGUGAAAGUACAGCCAGCUGAGCGUGUGUUCAUUGGGGAAACCGUCACUCUCACAUGUGAGAGACAGACUGGAGAAUCCUGGCGUUACCUCUGGUAUAGAAAUAAUGAAGAACUCAGUGAUGCUGCAGGAAAGAAAACACACACAAUCACUGAUAUUAAAGACUCUGAUAAAGGUUAUUAUACAUGUAAAGGAACACAGUCAUCAGACCCUAAAAACACACAGACCAGCGAUGGUGUUACACUGACUGUAUCAGAAAAACCUAAACCUGAACUCACAUCAGAUCUUAAAGGAGCUGCACUGACAGGAAACUCAGUGACUCUGUCCUGUACAAUGAUGCCGCAGUCUGCUGGAUGGAAGUUUUACUGGAUCAAACCCACACAGAGCACUGAGACUGAGACUGAAACACACUCCUACACCAUCUACAUCAGCUCAGUUAGAGUCUCUGAUGGGGGUCAGUACAGGUGCAGAGCUGGAAGAGGAAACCCAGUCUACUACACACACUACAGUGAUGCACUCUGGGUAAAUGUUACUGAGAGUGCUAAAGCUGUGGUGACCAUAAAGCCUGAUAAACAUGUGUUCAGAGGAGAGACUGUGACUCUCAGAUGUGAAAUACAGGGAGGAGGAGACACUGAGUGGACAUACAGCUGGUAUAAGAAAGAUAACACACUCUACCCAUCCCGCAAAACACAGGAGUUCAACUUCAGCUCAGUUAGAAAUGAUGACAGUGCUGAAUACACCUGCAUAGGGAGGAGAAGCAGUGACUCUCAGAGAUCAGAGAUCAGUGAUGCUGUUACACUGACUGUAUCAGAUGCAGCAGAGGCAGUAGUGAGUGUGUCUCCACUGCACUGGCUGACUGAAGGAGACUCAGUGACUCUAAGCUGUGAGGUUAAACACUCCUCUACAGGCUGGACAUUCAGCUGGUACACAGAGGUUCCCUCCAGAGACAGUCAGGGUUCCCUCAGGUACAGUACAGCGCUCCUCUCAGACAGCAGCAGAGGAUCUGGAGGCUCCUACACUCUCAGUCCUGUUACUGUGAAUCACACAGGAGUUUAUAUGUGCAGAGCAGAGAGAGGAGAACCAGUCUUUCACACACGGGACAGUAACCUACAGCCACUGUGCAUCACUGGUGAAUCUCCUCCAGUGUCUCUGAUCAUCAAUCCCAGCAGAACUCAACACUUUACUGCUGACUCUCUCUCACUGAGCUGUGAGGACCAGAGUGACUCUACUGGAUGGACAGUGAGAGGAUACACACACAGUGAGGCAGUGUCUGAUUGUUCAUCAGUUUCAGGAUCUACAUGUAACAUCAGCUCCCUCUCUACAUCACACACUGGAGUUUACUGGUGUCAGUCUGAAUCUGGAGGACGCAGUAAUCCUGUCAACAUCACAGUGCACCAUGGUCAUGUGAUCCUGGACAGUCCUGUCCAUCCUGUGACUGAGGGACAUCCUCUGACUUUACAUUGUUUAUCUCGCAACUCAAAGAUCUCAGCUUCUGGUGUUGAUUUCUAUAAAGAUAGUUCAGUUGUCCAGUCCCAGACUACAGGAGAGAUGACCAUCAGUACUGUCUCAAAGUCAGAUGAAGGUUUCUACCACUGUAAACACCCAGAGAGAGGAGAGUCACCCAAAAGCUGGGUUUCAGUCAGAGUUCUAUCAGAUGGAAAAGCUCCACUGUCGGUACUGAGGCUCCUCAGCAGUGCAGUAGCGGCCUCUCCGUAUGUGCUGGUGACCAUCAUUCUGGCAGUGAAAUGUUACAGAGCUCGAACUGACCCUGAUGAGGACAACAGAUCGUACAGAGUGAUAGAAACUGAAGCAUCUGUCUGAGUCUCAGGUUAUUACAUUAUUUUAUCAUCUAGCUUUUAUAUAACAGCAGCUCCCCGUGCAACAGAGAACACUUUCGUGUAUGUGCUCUGUCAGUAAGUAGAGUUUUAGUGAUGAGUGGCUGUGAUGCUGUUUCUGUGAUUUUGGAUGAAAACUUUAAUUCUCAUUGUGCAUUAUGUUUUUUGUUUGUUUGUUUGUUUGUUUGUUUUUUAUGGAGUAAUUUAUUUUCCUGAUGUAUUUGUAAUACUCCUAUGCAUUUAUUUUUACUAUUUAAGCUUUAAUUUGUAUUAUUGAUGUUGUUGUUUUAGCUACAUGAAUUUUACUUUGUUUAAACUGAAUAUUAAUUUUAAAAUAUUAUUUUUAAUGAAUUUCCCAUUUACUUAAUUUAGCAUUUACUCAGGGAUAAAAGUACAUUAUGGUUUGAUACAGUAUAAUAUUUGUAAUUAAAUGGAGUAAUUCUUAUUUUGUAAUAUUUUAUGAA